AUGGGGAUCCUUCCCAGCCGCGAGAGCCACGAGUACCCCGGCGCUUUCCACUUUGCGCUGAGCGGCAGUCACGCCAUGGCGAUUCUACCACUGACUGAGCACUUCUUCCCUUCGGUCGACUCACUCGCCUUCCGGCAGCUCUACGCGGGCCGCGACAUGCAAUCUGCCAAAUACAACUUCUCCCUCAUAUCGCCUCAACUCCUGCGCAAGUACCGGCACCGCACCAUGGAGCAGAGGCACGGGAAAGGGGGGGUGGGGGAUGAGGCGAUGGCGCCACCAGCGGGCCGCUGUAAGCCGAAGCCCUACCUUCGGCAUGGCCAGCCGCCCGGUGACGACAGUGACGCAGAUGAGAAGUGGGUCGGUGUUGACACGAUCGACGCGAGCAACUACGGACAGUUCUUCAAGGACGACACGCAGUGCGUGUCGCCGAAUGACCCGCCGUCGUUGUCUCUGGAUUGUGACGAGGAUGUCUGCGAGGAGCUGCAAUGGCCGAACCCAGUAGCGCACUGGCGCACCCACGACCCAGCCAAGCAGCCCAUCCAGGACAGGGAGAACGAGCUGGGCUUCACCGAUGAGCUUAAUUAUGUGAGCUUAGAUGGAAAAGGAGGAGGGCUGCGCUGCCUGCCAUCGUCGCUGUCGCUGCCGUGCUCCUCCAGCCAGCGCCCUCGAUACGGGCAGGCGCACACCGCCUCCACGCAGGCAGGGACUGACAGCACGGCUGCAACUGCGCACUUCACUGCCGAGGAGCGCGACUUGGUGAACCGGUUUUUCGCCCGCAGUCCGGAGGCGCUGUACAACGCGCUGGUUGUGGAGCCGAACAAAGGCUUCCUCGUUGACACAAACAAAGAGAUGUGCCGCUUGUACGCAGCGGAGCAGCGCUGGAAGGAGGCGCGUAACGUUGUGCGCGCCUAUCGGCGCCAGUGCAAGCAAGAUGCCGCUGCUGGCGACGCGGCGCAGCCGGCGGCUGGCGAGUCCCCCAGCCCAUCAAAGGCCCAGCCACAGCGGCGCGUCACGGAGGAGGAGGCUGAGAAGGCGGCCACGGUUUCGCCACCACCGGUAUUUCUGCGGCCGGUGCCUCAAGUGAUCAUGGUUCGCAUGAGCCGUGAAGAAGAAGAGGCGACGCGCGCGACGUACCUCGCGGAGCAACAGCGGUUGCGCAGUUGCUCGGGGCAGCCGCAGCAAAGCCAAUCCGGCGGCGGCGAUGACGCUGCUGCCUCGAUGUCGUCCUCCACCGCUGCUGCAGGGGCCGCCGAGGAAAUUAACAUCCUCCGACCACCCUUGAUAAAGCCGGUCUCUCACCUGCACGUGCCGGCGACGCGCUACCACCGCUUCGAGGACGACCCCAAGUACAGGGACGGCCGCAUCCACCUCGUCGAGGAGGACGGCGUGCUGUACAUGUUCGCCUACAACACCGCCUACGUCGACCCGCGUCUGCGCAUGAGGCAGCAGAGAGAGGAGCUGCUGAAGCAGCAGCACCAAGGGAAGGAGCGGAAACAACAGGAAAGCCAGGAGGAAAGCUUGGUGCGCGGCGAAGCCAGCCGGUCACCUUCCAGCGUGGGGGCUGCAGUCGCCGGCACGGCUGCUGAAGCGGCCGCCAGUGGAACCACAGCAAGCUCACCAGGGAGCUGUAGCACAGAGCGUGACGCAGCUGCGACACCCAUGAUGGGCAGCGGCAGCGGCGACGGCGACGGAGCGCAGUGUCACGCGAACCGGCAGACCUCAUCCUUCUACCACACGGUCUCCGCCUUCGGUAACGAGGAAGACGAGGCAGGCCUCGAAGAACACGGGACCCAAUCCAAAAAGGCCAAGGAUGCAAGCCCUAGGCGCGCGAGCUCCACGGAGGGCUCUCCAGUCGAGGCGGGGACCACCCCCGCGGUCGCUGCGACGCGAACGGAGAACACCGCGGAGGAGGAGGACGAAGAGGAAGACACAACGCUGUCGUCCGCUCGUAGCGGGCCAGGUGGGUGCCAGCGGCGGCAGAGCACGAUCCUGGCGGACCACAACCCGUUGCUGCAGCGUUCCGACGGAAAGCCGAGCACCUCCAGCGACGACGAGGACGAAGACGACGGUGACGAACAGCGCAAAGGCGCGGCAGCCUCAGCGUGCAGCGCCGACAUGACCGCGACCACCCCCACUGGGGCGACAUCAGCAGCAAUGAAGGAGAGGCGGGCGCGCGUGGUACAGCAGCUGGAACUUGUGACGGCGGCUCCUUUCAUCCUCCCCAUUUGCCCGGUGCGCAUUGUCGGCUGCAACGGCUACGCCGAGUCCAGCUGUCGCGGUACGCCGUGGCUGCGCGGCUACGAGGACGAGCCCGAGGAGGACGCCUACGUGGAGUCAUUGCCGGUGAAGCCGCCGAUCAUGUCCGGUGGUGGUUUCAUCGACGCCAACAUUGGUGACAAAAUUCUUAGUCGCGCCUACCUGCUUGGCUUCCAGGUGUAUCGGAACGUCUGCCUCGACGCCGGGCUGCCGAAGACGCUGACGCGGCCUUUCUGGACAUUGGGCUUGCUGUCCAACAUUCCGCUGCUGCAGAUCUCGCGUGAGAUGCGCUUCCGCAUGCGGGCGGCUGCCGCGGAGGUGGAGCUCGGCUACCGAGGCCUGCGCGACAUGAUCAAGGGCACGGAGAACGACCUUCAGUCCUACAUCUACGGCUUUUCGGACAUCCUGCCAUACCUCCAGCGGGUCUCGCGCGCGCGUGUUGAGCUAGCAGAGGCGGAAGCGAAAGCAGCCGCCGCCGCAGAGGGCGGUGACGGGGCGGCAAGCUUGUCGCUGCUCCCCGUUGGGAACGGCGCCUCGGAAACACCGGGAGAAGAGGCCCAAGAGAAUCAGAGCCAGCUGGUCCCGCCCGCCAUUCCGACCCGGUCCUCGCAAGCAGCCGUGCAGCACAACCUGCUCUUCCCACUCAACGAGAUGGAGUUCUACACGCAGUUCACGAUCCGCGGAAACCAGUCCCUCUCCCGCGUCCGCUGCGAGGCGCAGGAAUCGUUCUUUCACCUGAUCGCCGAGGCGACCGCCCCGGUGUCGACGUCGCUCUUUAUGAAGCCGCUGGAGCUGUCCACGUACGACUACGGUGGCGCCAUCCGGCUGCACCUCCUUUGCAACCGCGUGACGGGCGCGGACGAACUGCAGGUGCUGCCGCCGCCGCGCAAUCUCGACCAGCUCCUCUCCGAUCAUCGGCGGCGACUGCAGCUGCGGCGUCAGCCCCCCACGUCGGCGGACGGCAACGCGGCCGCCGCGGCACCGCCGUACCUCGUUUACGCGGUCGUGCACCCAUCUGGUAAGGCGCGAGGGCCCUCGUUGGAGCACUACAAGAGAAAUCUGCAGGCCCCCGAAGACGGUGGCGAUGCAAACACGCUUGACGAGGCGGAGGCGGCCGCGGCGGCCACCGACGGCAUCGGCGGCGACGGAAAGUACGCGGCGCAUCAGUACACAUACCCGCCGGGCUCCUUUGUCGAGAGCGACAUGGUCAUCUACAAUGUCCACAAGGGCCGCUGGGAGCACUUCGAGUACUUCCAUCACCAGCAGCUGGCGCAGCGGCGCGCGCGCGAGCUGCAGGCGCAGGCGGAGAAGGUGACGGGUGAGCCAGACGGCGGCAAGCCGCCGGCGCAGAGCAACAACGACACCACCGAUGCCGCUGCGGCGAAGCAGGCUGCCGAGAGCGGCGAGGCCUGUCGAGGUGCCUUGGUCCCGACCAGUGGCGGCGGCUUCAAAGCCAACGAUGAUGACGAUGCGCAGGAUAUCCACCUCGAGGACAUUCUGCUCUGCUGGAUCAAGCGCCGCCUGCAGAGCGCCACGAUGCGCAACCGCACUGACCCAGGGUGGCUGCGCGACAGCGAGGGGCACAUUGUGCAGGAGGGUCGCUACUACAUCUGGGGCUUCGAGCAAGACGGCCAACAGUAUUUCUACGGUCUGAUCCCAAAGUUCGCCAAGGAAAAGAAGAACAAGCGGCACAGCGCUGCUGGUGGCAACGCGCACAAUCAACAUAAUCAGGACAGCCACACCCGCCGCAUCACCGCGCACGGCAAUGUCUGCGGGUCGUCGAGUGCUUUGAACAGUCAUAGCCGACCUCAAAUCUGCGGCGGCAGCAGCAGCGCUCCUGACCGCCACGGCACACUACCCGAAACCCUCACUCCUACCGCACAGCACGGCCUCGUCAGCGGCUCCAUAAACGGGCGGCCGGCUGAUGGACGCGGCGGUGGCAGGAUGGAGAACAUGGCGGUGCGCUCUGGGCCGGCGUCCGCUGGCGAAAGCUCCAAAAAGCACUCUUCGAUUGCGCCGGCGCCGACGGCAGUGGCGCCGUCCGUGUCGUCGAGCGACGUCAAGGGUGGUGUUGGCGGCAGACUCGACGCACGCGCGGACGCGCCGCUGAACACCGCCUGCCCAGACUCGCAUUCAAGGCGACAGCACCAGCAGCAGCAGCACCCGCGAUCACCCGGUGCCGUGGGCGGGGGUGUUGGACGCGGGGCCGCCUCGUCUGGCGGCGCUGCAGCAAGCGCCAACACGGCCGGCGCGAAUCGCUCGAGCAACCCAGGCAACGCUACCAGUGGUGCGCGCCUACCCGCACAGACAAGCGGCGCACCCCGCACCGGCGCUAGUGAGAAGUCAUCGCCGCCUACGUCGUCGUCCCCUGCGGCAGCUUCGGCGUCAUCGUCCACCUCAUCCCCGGUCGAAACGUCAGGGGCGCCCCCAGCCUUCUCCUACGACACUCCAGGUUUCGCCAACCGACGCGCUGCAGGUUCUCGCGGAGCCGUGUCACCACCACCAUCGGCGCCAGCAGCGUUGGUGGCUCCUAAGGAAUCGGAGGCAGCACUAGCCGGAAGAUCCGGUGUGGCGGCAGUAGGACGCGGUGGCCCGUCCCGUACCGGCACUUUCCUAGCACAAUCGCCGCCGUCGUCCGUGAUCGCUGGAGGAGCUGCAUCCGAGGCAGCCGCAUCGUCCUCAAACCCUCGCACACUUUCCCAACGCCAGGACGGUGUGAGCCGCAUCAGCAGCCGAGGCAAUGUCUCGCGUGAGCAGAACUUCAGAAACUCGGCUACGACCACGGCGCAGUUCAGCCGUCAGUCCGCCACUGCACCGGCCGCGGCGUCUUACACGUCCGCCGAGGAGGUCGGGCACCGCCAAGGACGCGGAGAGCGACGAGGCAACGGAGCAGAGUCGGCGUACGCGUCUCUACAAUCACAACAGCGCCCGCAGCAGCGCGAACCUCGCUCUGCGAACACGUCCCCGCCUCCGCCGCCGCCCCCUGCUGCCCGUCCGUACCCGCCGCACAUCCAACAACACCCGGAGGUGCACUCAGCCAGGUACCCUUCGUCGGGAGGCUCCUCCCUCGCCUCUUCCAACCCCGUAUCGCAGCAGCAGCAGCAGCAGCAACAGCAAGGUUGUCGCAUCAGCGACCCCGGCGCAGUGGCCUUGGGAUACAAAGGUGCUCCGCAGAACCGCUACCAUGCGCCGCAGCACCAGCACGAGUACAUGCAAGCGCCAUCAUCCGCAGCGCACGACCACAGCAGCAAUAAUACCAACUACAGCGGGGGCAGUGGUGCGAACAGGUACGCUGCGACGUCACACACAUCGGGACACAGCUACUCGGACGUGCCCCCUCCUCCUCCCCAGUCACCGCCACCGCCGCCUCCGCUUCUCCCUGCCAGCGCGGAGAACGCGGCGUAUGAGCAACCACACCAAGGCUACUCUGCUCCUGUAGAGCAGCAGCACCACCAGCAACAGCAGCCCUCCGAAUCUCCACCACCGCCACUACACCUCCAUCCACCGACCGUGUAUAUGAACACGGGUGCCGGACAGGCAAGCCUGCGUCCUACGUUGGUGCUCGCCGGGUCACGAGUGCCGUCUCCUCGUCACGUUCAGCAACAGCAGCAGUAUGCCUCCUACAACGCAAGACCUCAUCAGCCGCAGCAGCACGUGUCUCACCAGCCGUCCUACAAAACGCAGCCGGCUAUGGCAAACGUCGUCAGCGGUGCCAGGGUGCAGCAGCCGGAAAUGGCGCCUGGCCCCUGCCACCACCACACCCAGCAGAUGAUGAUGCCCAUGUCCGCGCCGAACGCUGGCCCUGCUGCCCCGCCCCCGCCGCCGGUGCAGGCCAACGCCGCCAUGAACACGAGCUCCUCUCGCUAUGCACCGCACCUUCGGAUGGUGGCCAGUGGCGCCGGAGCGACGCCGAUGCAGGAGCAGCAGCAACUGGCUUCGGUGACGACCGUCUCAGCUGCAUCUCCCUCUGCGCUGGCUGGGGUCAAUAGCAUGUACUCGGACGUGUCGGCUGCCACCGUGGCUCCGUCAGGUUCGCGGCCCACGUCUUAUUACCCCACGACUCCCUCGCAGGUGUCCUACAGCACGUCGUCACAGGCGGCGACAUCCGCCAUACACCCUACAGGACCGCAGAGCAACGCUGUACCUCCUCAUACCGCCUCCGGCCCUCCGGUGCUGCCGCAGCUAAAGCAGCAGCAGCAGCAGCAGCAGCAGUCAACGUACCCUUUGUCAGCGAUGCUGGACGCCAACACCGCAAGUGGGCAAGGAAGUGUCACCAACCAGUGCUACCUUCAGCGAAAGAAGCCGCAAUCGCCUCCGAGCGGCCCAACGUCUGCGACCCCAGGAGGCGCGCGCUACGGCCAGAUGGCGUCACCCACUUCACAGCAGCAUACCUAUCAGCAGCAGAUGGGGACACGCAACGCCAGCUAUGAUGGAGGAAGCAGUGGUCAUACUUACGGCUCUUACGCCGCGUCCACCGCCAAUCCGAGCGCCAACAGCAGCGUCAACCGCGCGGGGCUCUCACUGUCGGCGUCAGCGGCGACGGUGAAAGGGGUUACGGGCGCCUCUGGAACCUCAAUACUUAUGGGCAAUGCCUCCAUGUCUCUGCCGUCUACCGGCAGUGGUAUAGGGCGAGGCGCGCAGGGCUACGCACCGCAACCGUCAGGGUACCCGGCAAGCGGCAGCACGAGUUUCACAGCGGCCCCGGUAGUGGCAGCGGCGACAGGAGCGACCGCACCGACAUCAUCCAUGGUGCCUGGCGCGGAAGGCGGCGCAGUCAAAGCCUUUCCCCCGUACCAGGCCUCGCCGCAUCCACAGCAACAACACCAACAACCAUCACCCCAGCAGCAGCAGCAGCAGCAGCAGCAAGCGAGCGUCGGUGGCAGGGCAGCAGGAGCUCACUCGCCGGCCCCACACCAGUAUCGCGCCACCCCUACUGCCGAGCAGCAGCAGCGAGAUUCGAGGUAUCCACUUCAGGUGAUGGCGCAGUCGUAUAGCAACGACUACAACGGCAACGGCGGUGUACCUGCGAUGGCAGCUGGCGGGAGGGCUUCGAGAGGUGUGGCGGUGGCCAGUGAUGGUUUGGACAGCAGUAGCUACGAUGACGCCGUGCUGCAUGGCAGCCGAGGCGCUCAAGCGGCAGCUGGUGAAUAUCAGUUGUCAUACCAGCAGCAGCAGUAUCAGCAACCGUAUUCACAAUGGCAGCAGCAACAGCACUCCACAUCGGCCUCCUCCCAGCCAUCGUCGUGCGCGCCAACGCCGCUUCCUGUUCAGCAGCAGUAUGCGGCACAGGCAGGUAACGGCAGCGACAACAACGACGGUAGAGGCCACACCCACACGCAAGCGAGCCGCGCCGGUGCCACAGGCAACGUGAACGCCCCCUCAUCGUACGCGCACGAGCAGCGAACAUCACCGUACCCGCAGCACGUGGGGGCGCCGCCCGCGUCUCCGGCAGCAGCUGGUGGUGGUGGCAGUGAUCGCGGUGCAGCAGCCGCUGUGACAGCACCGGCUGCAGUCGCGAACUUGUCUACACCCAUGCAAAGUGCCAGCUCGUUCAACAGCAACGUCGCCACAAGGACGUCUCCCGGCUCAUGUGAAUCCGCGCAGGCGUCAUCCGCUGCGGCGCAGCAGCAGCAGCGUAGCAGUGACAGCUACGGGUACCGUUCUUCACGGUCUGGACCCACCUCGCCGUACUUGCAGGCGUCACCGCAGCAGCAGCAGCGCUCUUCUACUCGGGACACCGCUUCAGCGGGCCCUUUCCACCGUGGCGCAGGCGGUGGUCUUCAACCAAAGGCAAUGAUGAGCGCUGGUGGGGCCCCAUCCGCGUCCGUGAAUCAUGCAUACCCGCUUCACCAGCCGCACCAGCAGCAGCAAGGACGCACUCAUUCAUUCCCUGCGCCAGGUGGGUACUACCAGCACCAAGCUCUAGCGCACCCACAGCAACAGCAGCAGCCGUCCGUAGCAUCGCAGUGGCUUACCGCGACACCAAACGCCAGCGGCACGCUCCUCCGUGCCUCGCCUGGGUCGCAGCAGCGCUACAACCAGCAGUAUCAACGACAGCAGCAGCAGCAGCAGCAGAAACCAGCGUCUCCGUACAUCUCUACGAAGGACGCGGCGGAAGGGCAGAUGCGGAUGAGCGGCAACUACAGCAGCCUCAACGUCCACAGCGGCAAUGUGGGCGUCACGGAGACCCCAUAUGACUCCAACAACAACACGGCGGUGGCGCAGCGCUUCGCCCACAACCCCUACGCGAUGCAGUAG